AAACACUCUUCAUCUUCACUUCACUCUCCAUCCAACGUUUGAAUCCCAACUCUCUCUCUCUCUCUCUCUCUCUUUGUUUCUCUCUUUCUCUCUCUUUGUUUAUCUCUUUCUUCUUUGCCUUCAUUUGCUAAAAAUCAUGAGGCAAAAGAAGAACAACGCAGAUUCUAGUGGUUUCUUGGGAAGCAUUUCUUCCAAUUUUAUCAGAUCAUUCUCUUCUUCUAAUCGCAAACCCAUUUCUUGUUCUUCGAACCCUAAAUACCCAAAAUCUGACGCUGAAAACACUCCCCCUACCCAUCCAAACAUUCCUCUCAAUCUUCACCACCAAUCAAAGCCCGACGACCCAUUUCCCCAAAGCAACUCACAUGUGAAGGUUGUGGUCAGAAUUAGACCUGAAAAUAGCAAUGGAAAAGAGGGAAAUUGGAAAAUUAAGAAGGUUUCUUCUGAUGCCUUGUGCGUUGGGGACAGAAAGUUCACGUUUGAUGAAGUUUUUGAUUCCAACUCCAGUCAGGAAGAAGUUUUCCAGUCAGUGGGUGUUCCCUUAGUUCGAAAUACUUUAGCUGGUUACAACACUACAAUUCUGUCAUAUGGCCAGUCUGGAAGUGGAAAGUCUUACACAAUGUGGGGUCCUCCAAGUGCCAUGGUUGAGGAGUCUAAUUCUAGUCACCACGGAAUUGUUCCUCGGAUCUUCAGAAUGUUAUUUUCUGAGCUUGAGAGAGAGAGAAGACUUACAUCUGAUCAGAAACAGUUCAGCUAUCAAUGUCGUUUGUCAUUUCUUGAGAUAAACAAUGAAAGAAUUGGGAAUUUACUCAAUCCUAUACAACAGAACCUUGAGAUGAAGGAUGAUUUCAGAAAUGCACCAUAUGUUGAGAAUCUGAUCGAGGAAUACAUAACUAACUAUGAUGAUGUAGCACAAAUUCUGAUUAAGGGCCUUUCAAGGAGAAAAAUUGGAGCAACGAGCUUAAAUUCUAAUAGCUCCAGAUCACAUAUAAUUUUCACAGUUGUCAUUGAGUCGUUGUGUAAGGGAACCACAAAGGGUUUGAGUAGCUCAAAAACUAGCAGAAUCAGCCUUAUUGAUCUUGCUGGACCAGACAGGGAUGAAGUUGAUGAUGGAGGUAGCGGCAGACAUGCAGAGAAAUCAUUAUCCCAGCUUGAGAAUUUAGUGGAUGCUCUGUGUAACAAAUUUCAGUCUGGAAAAGAUGAAGACAUUCCACACAGUGACUCCUGUUUAACACGCUUACUCCAAGAAUCACUUGGUGGAAAUGCCAAACUCUCAGUAAUAUGUUCCAUCUCCCCUGAUAACAAGAGUAAUGAUGAAACACUGCACACACUCAGAUUUGGGGAGCAAGUAAGAUCCAUUAGAAAUGAGCCAGUUAUCAAUGUAGUGAAGGAGCCUGAUAUUGAUUUGGGUAAUACUAUCCGACACUUGAAGGAAGAACUUAUUAGAGCAAAGGCUGAUGUUCAUAGCUCAGCUGGGAGUAAAGAUGGAUACUUCCAAGGACAUAAUGUGCAGGAAAGCCUGAAUCAGAUGAGAGUCAGCUUAAACCACUCUCUUUUCCUAUCCAACAUAGAUAGUGAUACUGAUGAGCAUAUAAAUGUCAAUGAAGAUGACAUAAGGCAAUUACGCAAGCAAAUUGAUGAAUUAGAUAGUUCACGUGAUGGGAAUCCAAAGGGCAUAUCUGUUGAUGAAGAUUGUGUCCAGUCUUAUUCUGUUGAGGAAAAUUGCGAUGCAGACGCCACCAGUGCUGAUGAAAUUGAAAAGGCUGAGGUAUGCCGUGGGAAAACAUUGAGAGAUAGCAUUUCAGUCAAUUCAUGUAGUCAAUCUCCAAUACUUGCCGGACCACAGUUGUCUGAAUCUCCAAAAUUCAGCAAAAGUCAAAGGAAAAGUGUGACUAUUUCAUCGAGUUAUCUUGGCAGUUGGAACAAUGUGGGAGAGAGUUCAACUUUCAGUAACAAUGUCUUGAGCAAACCAUUUAAACAGGGUGAGCAUGUGCAAUCCUCAUUACAGUCUAGCAAGGCUGAGUCCUUGGCAGCAAGCCUUCAGAAGGGAUUACAGAUUAUUGACUAUCACCAACAGAACUCAGCAUUGAACAAAUCUUCAUCUUCCUUCUCCUUUGAGCACUUAACUUUGACACCAUGUCUGGAAAUUGACAAGGCUGAAUCUUAUGAUCAAACAAUACAACAGAAGCCUUCCAGUGAUGAAGUAACUGCUGCUCUCAUAUGUGCAUCUUGCCGGACAAAAAUAUCUAGUCAGGAUUCCAGUGAUGCAGUGACAGAUAAAAUUCCAAAACAUUUGGAGAAUGUAAUGACAAAAAGCAUCAUGAAAGAGAGGGAGCUCGAGAAUGUUUGUAAGGAGCAAGCAGCUAGAAUUGAGCAACUAAAUCAGCUGGUGGAGAAAUUGAAAGGAGAGAAAGAACUGAACUCCAUUACUGUGUAUGGUCAGUGUGAAGAUUAUAACUCAAUGAAAGAUGAAGCAAAGCUUCUGCGGGGAAUUUCCUUAAAUGGUCAUUUACCUUGUAUUAUAGAGGAAAAAUGUGAUAUUAAAGAAGUCCAGGAAGAGUUAGCCCAAAGAGAUGUCUCCUUUGAUUCAACUGAGAAGGAAUUACUUCUUAAGGAAAUUCAGAAUCUAAGAAGCAAGCUGCAAUUAUGUAAUGAUGCACCAGUUAAAAAGUCUACGGACAAACUAAGGUCUUCUUUGGUGUCAAGAUCCACACAACUGCAAAAAAGUGGUGUAUUCUCUUAUGACAAUUGCAAUGAAGAGCUAGAGAAUGAAAGACAGAAAUGGACAGAAAUGGAAAGUGAGUGGAUUUGUCUGACUGAUGAGCUUAGAGCUGAUCUUGAGUCCUACCGCCAGCGUACAGAGAGGUUGGAGAUGGAACUGAAGUCUGAGAAGAAGUGCACAGCUGAGACGGAUGAUGCUCUAAAGAGGGCAGUUAUGGGACAUGCUAGAAUGGUAGAACACUAUGCUGAUCUACAAGAAAAAUAUGAUGACUUGGUUGCUAAGCAUGAUGCUAUGAUGGAAGGGAUAGCAGAGGUGAAGAAGGCAGCAGCAAAAGCCUCGAAGAAAGGUCAUGCGCGCUUUGCCAAAUCACUUUCUGCCGAGCUUUCAGCAUUGAGGGUGGAAAGAGAAAGGGAAUCCAAAUUAUUGAAAAAGGAGAACCAGAGCUUGAAGAUUCAACUUCGCGAUACUGCUGAAGCUGUUCAGGCUGCUGGAGAACUACUUGUUAGACUAAGAGAAGCUGAACAUGUAGCAGCUGUUGCAGAGGAGAACCUUGCAAAUGUGCAACAAGAUAAUGAAGAUUUAAAGAUGCAAAUUGAGAAGCUGAAAAGAAAACACAAGACAGAGAUUAAUACCAUGAAGCAGUACAUUACAGAGAGCAAAUUACCACAGUCUGCACUGCAACCACUGUAUAGAGAGGAUUCUGAUGUGGCACACAAUGCAACUUCCUCCUAUACGUAUGAUGAUCAGGCAUGGAGAGCAGAAUUUGGAGCAAUAUAUCAAGAGCAUUACUAAUUCAACUGUUAAUGUUAGCAGCUGUUGAUCAAUUUGAUAACAGAGGCUGUGCAUGAGAUCAAAGUCCAAGCAAUUUAUCUGGCAUCAGAUCCUACUUGGAUCAAAGGGCAUCCCUAAAUGCCAAUAUUUUUUCUUGUGUUGCUAAAAAUUCAUUGUGUUUUUUUUCAUGCUCUGAUCAUUCGACACUUGUUAUGGAACUAUAAUUCUUUUGUACUGAUAUAAUAGGUAAAUUCAUUGCAUUCUUGUUCUUUUACCCCUAUAAUUUUCCUGGUAAAU